AUUUGAUCUAAAUCAGACGAUCUGGACCAACUUUUCUUCAACUUCUCAUCUUUUAUCACCAUAAAGAUCACAUUCAUUCUGACUUUUAAUGUUGUUUUUUCCGUUUUCUGCAUGAUUCUUUGAUGCUCUUUUGUUCUUUUAGUCAUUUAUUUGUGUGCAUUAGACCCUGAGCUGUUGUUAUCAGUAAUGAAGAUGAUGAUGCUGUUUGUUCUUCUUCUUCUUCUUCUUCCCAGAGACUCUCCAUGUCCCUCUAUAGAUAGUCUGUAUGAGUCAGUGCUGUUUGCUGCUUCGUCUCCCUUCCCCCACUCGCUCCUCUUUUCUCCCGGUGACACAGAAAAGCCAACGCCGCCCCCUCCUCCCCGAUGCUAAACCCCCCUCCAUCCAUCCCUCCAUCCAUCCCUCCGUCCGUCCGUCCGACGGCACACAAUCGCUCUUUUCACUCUCAGCCUCAGAGCAUCUCCGUCUUAUCUGCUCAUUGUUGCAUCCAUCUCAGCAUCUCCUCCUUCUUCUUCCUCUCUGGUCUGAACCCGGUAGCUUCUUCCACCGGGGCUCAUGAUGAUGUUUUUUUGUAAACCUCUCUGAGCGGGUGGAUAUUUUCCUAAGAGACAAGACAGAAAGAAGAGAAGGAGAAGCUCCCGAAGCACCGACAACGGGUGGAGGAGGGCUCCAGCGGCGGUAGACCAUGGCUGCCAUGACGACGGUGCCCAGCUACGCCCCCUCUCUGUGGGUGAGGGUGUGCCAUGCCCUCCCCCGGCUGGACCUCACCAUGCAGAUGAGGGACAACGUCUUCGUCCCGGACAGCUGGGAGUACCAGCAGACGCUGCUGGUUCUGUCCAGCUUGUCGGCCAUCGCUCUGGUCGUCUCCCUCCUCGUGGUCCUGUCCUUCCUCAUACACUACUGCUGCUGUCACCGUGGCGACCGGAGCGAGGGCUCGGAAGAGGAGGAGGAGGACGAAGACGGCAGCACGGGUCACGGGUACAGCGGGAAGAAGGGGCGGGGCAUCUGCUGCGUCACCUGGGUGGCAGUCGCCGCAGUAACGCUGUGCUGUGUUGCCAUAGGCAUCGGUUUCUAUGGCAACAGCGAGGCUAAUGAUGGGAUGUAUCAGUUGACCUCGUCUCUUCUCACAGCCAAUUACACGCUGGCUUCCAUCGAUCUGCUGAUUUCAGACACCAUCUCUGGGCUGCAGCUGUCCGUCUCCGGCCCGCUGUCCUCCAUGGAGGAGCUGUUUACGGGCAGUAAGCCCUUUCUGGUGUCCACCAGGAACUGCCGGCGGCUGUCCGAGAACGUCAUCAACCUGCUGUCCUCCAUCUCCCUGUCCCGGUCCGGCCUGGACGCCGGACUGGGCAACGACAGCAGCGUCAGCGGGGCGGCCAUCACGCCGCUCACCCCCGUCCCGCCCUCCGUGGCCCCGACCAUGGUGCCCAGCGGAGGCCUGAUGCCCAACCCCUUCUCACCUGGCUGGGCGGCCAACACGCUGAUGGUCAACGAGGACUACAGGUGGUUGUCGUACGUGUUGCUGCUGCUGCUCGACCUCAUUGUGUGUCUGUUCAUCCUGCUGGGCCUCGCAAAGCAGGCAAGAUGGCUGCUGAUACUGAUGACCGUCUUGGCCUGGCUCGCUCUCUUCCUCAGUUGGGGAUCUCUGGGUCUGGAGACGGCGACUGUGGUGGCUCUCAGUGACUUCUGCUCGGACCCGAACGCCUUCGUCCUGAACUCCACCCAGUUCACCACUGGGACCAGUGCAGACAUUCUGGAUUAUUACCUGACCUGCAGCCGGCGCAUGAACAGUCCGUUCCAGCAGCUGCUGACCCAGUCCCAGAGGGCGCUGUCCAACAUCCACACCCACCUCUCCAGCCUGGACAGGAACGCUCUGCCUCAGUUCCCCAAAGCCGAGAAAUCACUCAGGGAAGUUCAACAGAUCCUCAACUCCACAGAGGGAAACUUCCACCAGCUGGUGGCGCUGCUGAACUGCAGGGGGCUGAACAAGGACUACAUCGACUCUCUGAAGGGUUUGUGCUACGAUGGGAUGGAGGGGCUGCUCUACCUCUCCCUCUACUCCUUCCUCUCAGCUCUGGCUUUCACUGCCAUCCUCUGCUCUCUGCCCGGAGCCUGGAGGAGCUUCCCCAGCGAAUCAGAGGAGUACGAGGACUCGGACAGCGAGAGUGAGGACCCCUUCACCUCCCAUCAGGCACGUAGACAGACGCCCUCGGGGCCUCAGAGGGGGGCCUUCUAUAAUUACCCGGGGGCCGGCUGGACUCCCCCGUUUUCUAGCGCGCCACCUCUUCCGACUCCAAACGUUUCCUCCAAUGGCAACCCUGGCUAUGAGAGCCUCCCCCUGGCCGACAGGCAGUCCCCACCCCCCUCUUACUCUCCCAGCAUGCUGACUGGUUACGGGGGAAGUCAAUCACACCCAAACCCCGCCCAUUCGAGGAACCUGUACUCACGUUGAUUUUAUUUUUCUGUUUUUUCUUUUUUUGUUAGAAAAAAUGUAUAGAAAAAAAUGUUUAGUUUUCAUAUGAAUGGACACUAAUGAAAAAGAAACUAAUCUGAAUAAAGCGAAUGCUAGGUGUGAUAACUGAGUAUUAUUAUGAUUAUUAUUCUGAUUAUUCUGAUGAUGAAAAGCACUUACAGGAGCAGCUCUGAUCCUUCCCCUCGUCUGUGUAAAGUGUUUUGAGGCAGACGCUGUCGUAGUUUUCUAUUCUGACGUGUACCACCACUUUAUUUUCACGUUUUUAUAUGAAUAUUGUUGUAGAAGAGGCACGUAGCAACACGACACUUUCUUUUAUUUUCUGUGAAUGGUUAUGCAGUUGCUUCACUUGGUCUGAUUUUUUUAUUCCUAUUAUAAUUAUUCUGACUUUUUAUAGGUGGAUAUUCUGUAUUUUCCUUGUAUGACCUGAUCUGUAUAUCUCACUGUCUAUAAUAUCUGAGUAAUCAUGAAAAAAAACAACAACCAGAGGGCUACAAAGAGAGCCUGUUCUAAAGGAAUAAACAGAGAACUACAAAUGGACUACAAAUCCCAUGAGAGCAGGAACAUAGCAAUAUGCCCCUUGCUACUGGUGCUCAGUAGCCCUACCGUAACGAGCAAUAAGAACAACUCUGUACAGAUCUAAGGCUAAAUGAGAUCUCUCCAAGGUGUUCUGUGUAUAUAUGGUUCCGUUUGAGAUUUCAUCGACUCCCUUCCUCCUCCUCUUCCUCCUCCUCUUCCUCCUCGUUAACCCUUGAAUUGAGUUUCUAUGGUUACCAAUGCUCCUUUUGAAUGGCAUCCUUUUACACUCAAGAGUCUAAUAUAAAUAAAAAUAACUUCAAUAACCCGA